AUGAAUGGAGUAGUUGAAGCUGCAAACAAGAAUAUCAAGAGAAUCUUGAGGAAGAUAGUGGACGACAACAGGGAAUGGCAUGAGAAGCUACCAUAUGCUUUGCUCGGCUAUCACACCACGAUCAGAACAUUCACUGGGAUUGGACAAUUGAUGCUUAUUGAUGAGAAAAGAUUGGACGCGGUUUGCCAUGGGCAACUUUAUCAAAAUAGAAUGAUCAAGGUGUUCAACAAGAAGGUCAAGCCUCGUCGAUUCACAACAGGACAAUUGGUAUUGAAGAAGAUAUUCCCUUACCAAGAUAAAGCCAAAGGAAAAUUUGAGCCAAAUUGGCAAGGCCCCUACAUAGUUCACCGAGUACUCUCAGGAGGAGCAGUAAUCUUUGCAGAAGUGGACAGAACAGUAAGCACAAAGUCGAUCAAUUCAGACGCUCUCAAGAAGUACUACAUUUGA